AUGGCUGAAACCGACCAAGUAGAACACGAGCAGAUUUCCACUUCGUUGGAGGUGGAGAAGAUCGAUGUCAACCUCUUUCGGUCGAAAUCGUUGUGGUUGCCUUUGCGUGCCCGGGGCGUGUUUGGAGGCGCCUCCCCAGCCACACCCAUCAUCUACAGCGUCGAACGCAUCCGCGAUGGCAAAUCCUACGUGACACGCUCCGUCAAGGCUAUCCAAAACGGCCAGAUCAUCUUCAUGAUGCUCUGCUCCUUCCAGAAGCCUGAAGCUUUGCAACCUAAUCACCAAUGGCCCAUGCCGCAGGCACCGCCUCCUGAAGAGUGCGAGUACCAGGAGGAGAAGUACAGGAGACUCAUUGCUCAGAAUGGGGAUGGGAUGUCUCCUAAGGUGAAAGAGUUGUACGAGGCUAUCGCCUAUGAACGGUCACGCAGUCCUGUGGCUAUCAAGGUGGCUCUGGAGCACGACGUCUCGGCGGAUGGGAUCGUGCGGUACAUGUACUGGAUGAGGGCACGCUCUAUUCCUAAAUACGACGCGCCAUUCCAGAAAUGCAUCCUCGGAUAUGCCUCGGAUUUGCAAUUCAUCGGAACUGCUUCUCGAGUCGUUGGCCUGCGAAGAGGGGCGAAAGAAGGGCAAAAUCGCCUAGGGAUGAUGUCCACACUGGACCAUACACUUUGGUUCUACAACAAUGAUUUCGACUUUGGUGAUUGGGUUCUCUAUGUGGCUCACGACGUCGUUCAGAUUGACUGUCCCGCUGUUGGCUCUGGUCGGGCUGUCGUAACUGGCAGGAUUUAUACCCGGGACGGCAAGCUGAUCGCGGUUGCUGCACAAGAGGGUGUCAUGCGUGCGGAUGUGCGCCCACCCAAGCAAGACGCAAAGUUGUAA